AGGCUUAGGCUUCGGCUGUUUUCGAAGCAGAUUAGGAAGCAGUCAUCAUCAGUCGUAGUCUCAUCUGGCCGGCUCCAUGGCAAAACAAGACCUCUUUAUGUAUUUGCAUUUAUUUUCUGUCGUUUUUCUGCAGCUUUCUUUGUCUUUUGAUCAAGUGCCUGCUGUUGUGGAGAAAAGUUUAGGGGGACCCACAUCCCAAGGUAUCAGGGUUCAAAACAAUGGAUUGGCUUCCCAGAGCCACAGUGCUGCUUCCGAUGGGGACAGUUCUUUACUUGUGGUGGAGCACCCUCUCAGAAGAGUGCUGCAGCUUUAUGGGUGGCAGCUGGACUCCCCACACAGAACCAAAAGGAGGCUACUGCAGACAUCGAGCACUCUUCCUUACUCUCCUCUGAGCGUGGUUUACAAUGGAAAAACAUGUAUCCUGUUUAGGGCCAGGAAGAUUGCUAUAAGGUUCAGGAACAGCACUUCAGUGGAUCUCACAGAGAAGGCAUUCGGCCCCGACGCACCGGUUGACACCAAAGGCUCUAUGUGCAGCAAAGAUAAAGCUACGCUUAUUCUACGAUUUGGAGAUGUGGAGGACUUGAGAGGACUUGCCAUAAGGCUACAGAUGUCCAACACAUUCUAUGAGUCGGCAGGGCAGAACUGGUUUACUCUGGACAGCGUACACAUCCACUACAACUGGACCCACGAGGCUACGUUCAAUGCCAGCGACGUGUACGCUCCUAGUACCUACUCCUACCACUGUCAACACGUCAGCAGUCUGCAGAAGUACGACACGCUGCUUGUACCAAGCUCCAUCACAGACAACUCCGCAAACUGGCACAUCACAUUCACCGACUUCCAGUUACAAUCGUUCAACGUGCUGUCCAACAAGUUUGCCUCAGCCAGCGACUGCGCUACGUUCUUCACUCCGGCAAUCCUCAUGGGUCUGAUCACCUCCCUCAUCCUCCUCCUGGUCCUGGCAUACGCUCUGCACAUGGUGGUGCACCUCAAACACAUCGACACCUACGAAGAGCACAAGACUACUGUCUACUUCCCUCGCAGCUCAGAGACUGCAGAAUGCACCGAUGCCACCGGCUCCACCGCCACUGAGAAAAACAGCUUGUAGGACUCUGUUUCCCAGGAUCCACCUCAGUCUCCACCACUAGGAGUAUAGACCGUUUCUGUAGUUGUCAGAGAGUGACUGUGCAGGGGCUCCGACUGAGACCCCUGAUGCCUGGCAGACGGACUGAUUGACUGACUCAACUCUAGAUAUAAAGCAACCUCCCAUACUGAAGGACAUGGUCAUGUUGCCUGGACUUGAUAUGGUCGUCCACUCUGGCAUUGCUGGACUCAGGCAGUGGUUGUCCAAGCCCGGUAGAUCCAAUACUUCUCGGCUCAGCAUCAUCUGGUGGAUUUGGAAACAACUUUGGAGGACACUAAUCCUGAGACAUUAACCACUUAUCUGGCAUUGCAAGUGAAAAAUAAAUUAAUAAUUAUGUACUCUUGAAUGAAAUUCAAACUGAUAAAAGCACAAAAAACAAUUGAUUUAGUUCCUUGUCAGUACUAUAAAUUCUGGUAUAUUGGAUAAAGAAGUUUCAUUUGAAUAUCCAUACCCUAAACGG